AUGGGCCAGCUGAUCACCGACCUGCGGCGGCGGGUGCGGCUGGGCCGUCCGACCGACCUCCUCUCGCAGCGGCACGGAGCCCCGGACGACAGCGCCAACGACGAGAUGGCGCUGCUGCAGAACGUCAGGUUCGCCUUCCAGGCGGACAAGCGGCAGCACAUGUCCUGGCUCAAGGCGCUGGACGCCGUCUGUCCGCCGGAGGUGCACCACCCGCUGGACAUGCUGCUGCUGCUGCAGCUGCACGACACUGCCCCCGCCCGCCAGCGGCUGGUAGAGGCCGUGCUCCGGAAGAAGGUGCGCGCCGGCCACUUCAGCCGCGCCGUGCUGCGAGACACGUUCGCCGCGCACGCACAGACGCUGAAGCAGUUCAUCUCCACGCUGCGCCGCUUGGCGGCGUUCCUGCUGCGCUGCUCUGAGCCGUCCCUCUCCGACUACGGGGCUGAGAUUUACCGACUGGGCUUCGUCUCGUUCUCCGGCUUCCACCAGCAGGAGAUGGUGAUCGGCCUGCUUUCGCACUCGAGCGACCCGCCGGCCACGCGCCAGGCGGCGCUGCGGCUCUUCCAGACGCUGGCCGAACACAACACCGACGCGCUGGCACGGUACUCCGGCUUCCUCAAGAGCUGGCUGGACCUGUUGGACCAGCUGACGCUGCCCGAGGCGCGCCAGCUGAUGGAGGUGCUGAGCACGCUGGCGUUCCGCGCGCCGCAGGAGGCCGCCUCGGUCGGCGACGAGCUUAGACUGCUGGUGCACAAGCAGCUGGCCAGCUCGUAUAAGCGUCUGGGCGUGAUCAGUGUGCUGAUGGCCAUCAAGUGCCGGCAGAACAGCGGCGACACGAGCACCACCACCGUUAGCAGCGGGGACAGCCAGCUGGGAAGCUUGGUCUGGCGUGCCGGACUCGACGCUAAGAUCGAGAACUGGAUCCGCGACCAGCUGAUGGACGAGUUCCAGGAGACGUUCGUGGUGGACCUGCCGGACAGCGAGCCGCAGUGUGACGCCCUGCAGCUGGCGCUCAAGCACGGCCUCGAAGAGCCGACGGUCGGCGAGAUCGCACUCAACAUCAUGCCCAUUGUACUGGAGAGCGGCGAACGGCUGGUGACGCUCUGCGCGCACUUCCGCCUGCUGCGCAUGUGCGUGGCGUCGCUGGACGGCGGCGACAUGGAGAAGCUGGACGCGCUGCUCGGCUGCCCGGUGCUGCUGCCGGCCGACGCCGCGCUGGACAGCUUCGCCACGCUGGCGCCGCCGCUGCGCGCUGCCGUCCUCACCGCCCUCUUCCACUGUCUCAACUUCUUCCGCGAGCUGCUGAAUGCCUUCUCCACGCAGAAGGACCAGGAGCUGAAACGACGGUGCGUGCUGCGCCUGCGCGUGAUGCUGCAGAAGGGGAAGGCCAAGUCGCCGAACGGCACGCUAAACCAGAGCGGGCUGACCCAGCUGGAGAAGCCGACAGCCGAGGAGCGGCCGCCGGCGCCAGAGGAGCCCGGCCCGCAGCUGAGCGGCUACAGGCCGUUCCUGCGCGAGCUCGACAUGGACGUGUACAAGCUGCUCUACAGAAGGCUCUCGCUCACAGACAACACCAGCGAGGAGGCCAGCGUGGCCCGCCAGGCGGUGACGCUGCUCAAGCCGCUCAGCCUCAUCGCCGACACCAUCGUCGGCAUGUUCAGGUCGCAGAUAGCGGACAACGACGGCGUGCUGGACGGGCCGGGCAUGUUCGGCGAGGAGCCGAGCCGGCUGGCCGGCUGCCUGUCGGCCGUGUACCGGAUCGUGGCGCUGCUUCUCUCCUGGCCGGGCUUGGCCGAGCCCGACAACCAGCAGCUGGCGCACGGGCGGCGGCUGCACUGA